GGCUGGUUCGGUUGUGCUUGUGCUGUCCGGACGUAACCAUUUAUACAGCAAAGCCUCGACUACCCUACUUAGGUACCUACCUAGCAACGUAGCGAAGCCGUGUUAAUUUGGCCGUCGUCCAAUUUGAAGGGCGAUGCCUCCCGACUCGACCUCCUCUUGGGUUACUAUACAUGAUUUCCUUCAAAAUGGUCAUAGCCGGGCCACCAGCUAUUUCCGACGAACUCAAUGGGAUCAGCUCUGCCUCAUCGCCUCGAAUACGAACCGUCAUCUGGAAUGUUUUGCCCUGGACAAGGUCACGGGCGGGCUCAAUAACCUUGUUCGCCUGCUCGAGUUCUCUGAUGGCAGUCGUUGGGCAGCCAGGAUUCGCAUCAAGAGCGUAGCACCUCUCCAAGCAGGCAACAACGAACUUGGGGCCGAGGUUGCGACAAUGCAGUUUGUCAAGGAGCACUCUAACGUGCCGAUUCCGAGAGUCUUUGCAUAUGCCACCAACGAGGAUAACCCGGCGGGAGUUGCGUAUAUGCUGAUUGAGGUCCUCCCUGGUGUCGUCGCUAUGGACGCCCUUGGUGGUUAUCAUGUACACCGCGGCGUGAUUAGUACCGGCGCAGUACCGUCGAGCUUUCUACCAGGCGGUGGCGACAUGUCAUCCUCGUUGCGGCUCCCAAAGAUUGGAACCAUCGUUCGGAAUCGAGAUGGGGAAUACGAAUGCGGCUCUUUACCGGGGAUCGGCGGUCCGUUUAACACAGCCGCCGAGUUCUUCGAAGCCUGGGCCGACAACGUUAAGUUCAAGUGGGACAAGGAGACGAUCAGGAGCAUGAUGCAAAGAGGGCCGAUCCCGGCGGAGCGGAUGAUUGCCAUCAUUGAUCAGUUCCCAUCACAAGUCAAAGAGAUGGCGAGCCGGAUUUCCGCAACCAACAACGGGCCGUUCCCCCUAUGCCAUGACGACUUCCUCCACAGCAACAUCAUGGUUGACGAGGACAAUUUCAACGUCACGGGCAUUAUCGACUGGGAAGGGGCGUGCACGGUACCAUGGGAGCUGAUUGCGUUCCCUGAGUUCCUCCAGACCGUGCCUGCCUCGUUCGAUCUCCCUCAGAAAUAUGACCGACAAGGGCAACCCUUCGACGAAGAAGUGAGGCAGACAUGGCGUGAGCGGCGAGAAUACAUUGAGAUGGUGAAGUUAGUGGAACGCGAAGACAAGAUGCUCUCGACAUGUCUCGGUAGCGACAGGAGCCAGACUCUGGCUUAUGCGUACGGGGCAUACACUAGCACCGGGAAGUUGGGCUUCUACGAUAGAGUUGUAGAACAGCUGACAAGGGAGGCUGAGAACUAAACCAUGCCAAUAGUUGCAAGACCG